AUGGAAGUUAAUAAGAGAGAUCCUCCAGAGACUCGCAGGCAGUGCAAUCAGAAGACCUCCCCAAGUUUGACGCCCAUCCGCGCCGCGAGCACCGAGGGAAUCAUGCCUGUGCCCAAGAAAGCAGGUAGGCAAGCAUCCUCACCUGAGUCCCUGCGGGGACCCACAGGGAUCAUUACACCGUGUGGGAGAAAAAACAGUUCAGCUCCCGUGGAAGAGAAGCUGCCGCAAUAUGAGCCGAAUGUCCCUGAACCCACCACCAGGGCUGACUUCAUGAAAUAUUUUUUCCAGCCCUCUCUGGAGGAAAAAACUGCACAGAAACUGUUGUGGAUUUCAGAGGGCGGCUCCAAAGUGGCUCGCACGUCUGAUGCAGUCUGCCCGUAUCCCAACAGGCCUGAGAGAUACGACCACUCACCACAGGUGCUGUGUAAGGAGAACCUGCUGGGCCAUCGAGGGUACUGGGAGGUGGACUACGCAGGGUGGGUGGUGAUCGGGGUGGUCUGUGAGAGUGCGCCCCGGAAGGCCCAGGAGGGGGCCUGUGGCCUCGGGGAGAACACCGGCUCCUGGGGGGUCGGGUGGUCCGGCUCCUGCUACCAGGUGUGGCACAAUGGCGAGAAUGUGGACGUCAAGCUCACCCCGUCCUCCACCAUAGGAAUAUAUGUUGACCAGCCUGCCGGCAUCAUCAAGUUCCUGACGCUGGAGGGGGAGGGCGAGAAGGAGGUGCGGCUGAUUCACAAGUUCAAGGCCAACGUCCAGGAAAAGCUCUUCCCCGGCUUCUGGAUCGGCACCGAUUCCUUCUCCCUCAUCCGGAAAAAGGAUCAGUGA